AUGUAUGUGCGUAAUAGAGCUAGUCCAGAGGGUUCAAUUGCAGAAGGCUAUUUAGCUAAUGAAUGUUUAACUUUUGCUUCACGAUAUUUAGUGGGGACUGAAACUAGCUUCAAUCAAUCAACUAGAAAUGAAGAAGAUCAAAAUGUUGCCAAUGAUGAGGAAGUAUCCUUUUUUGCAAAUGUUGGAAGACCAUUGGGAAGGAAAAAAAAUAAAGGCUUUAGUAGUAACAAGCGUAAGAGGGUCUCACGUAUUACACUUGACAACCAAACUUUGGUGCAAGCACAUCGUUAUGGGUUUUUCAAUUUUGAUGGAGUUGCUCCAUUUUUAAAGAAGCAUGAGCAAUUUAUUAAGAGGCGUAAUCGCUCCCCACGUCUUUCGCCUUAUGAGAUACAAAAGUUACAAAGUGAAACAUUUCAUGAUUGGUUUCAUGAUCAUGUUGCACAAUUGGAGCAACAAGGAAAUGCAAACAUCACCGAUGAACUUAGACUACUUGCUCGUGGUCCAAUGGAUACAACAAGGAGAUACACUGGAUACAUUGUUAAUGGUUUUAGAUUUCACACCAAAGCUCGUGAAAGAUGGUUGAAAACUCAAAAUAGUGGGGUUGUUGUAACAUCUAAGAUGAUGAGUUAUGCAAGUUCAAGGGAUGCACGACCUAUUGAAGGAGAAAUUAACUAUUAUGGGGUUUUAACUGACAUCAUUCAACUAAACUACAGUGGUAGAUUCAAGGUUGUUUUAUUUAAAUGUGAUUGGAUCGAUCCAAAUAGAGGUUUGAAGAAAGAUAAAUUUGGUUUUACUAUUGUGAAUUUUUCACAUCUUGCUCAUAGUGGAACUAAUUUGGUUGAUGAUCCUUUUGUUUUUGCAUCACAAGCUAAGAAGGUCUUUUAUGUUCAAGAUGAAAAGAAUAAAGAUUGGCUUAUUGUCAAGCAUGCAAAACUUAGAGACAUAUAUGAUAUCGGUGGUGGAUCAUCCUUUAAUAGGGGUCAAGGGAGUGGAGAAGUACAAGAUGAUGACUCACAUGACACUACAAAAUGGGUUCGAAAUGAAGUUGAUGGAGUGGAGCUCACACAAGAAAUGAAAACGGCGCAUGAAGAAGAACAAGCUCUUUAUGAACAUAAUGAGGACCUUUUUUAGAUCUAUUUUAUGAUUUAAUUUCGUGUUAUAGAUGUUGAUUA